AUGCCCACCCCACCAACCCACCGCCUCCCACACCUCCUCCUCCCCCUCCUCUCGAUAACCCUCAACCUCGCCAUCCUCGGCACCUCCAGCCGAACGCUACACAUUUAUCAAACUUCACAAACGUCCAACGUAUAUUUCCUGCCGAUUUGGAAUUCUCAUUUCGAUAUGCGAGGUUUGAAAACUUUGGUGGGGACUUCAGUGGGGAUUGUGGUGUUGAAUGGGAUUUUUGCGGUGGUGGGAGGGGUUUGUGGGAAUGGGAAUGGAAGUAGGAGGAUGCUCCAGCAUGUACCCACAAACACCAUCCUCCUCGCCUCAAGCGUAUCGAGUACCCUCCUCUCCAUCAUCGCUCUAGCCCUCCAAGCCACCCUCAACCACCAAUCCCCACAUCGAGAUACCCUUCAAACAUGGACGUGCAUGUGGAAGAAUGUGCAAGGAGAAGGUGUACCGCAAUCGUUUGAUACACUAUGUCACGAGACGCGCUUUGCAUUUUAUACGACAAUUCCGAGCUUUCUCAUCCAGCUCAGUCUUCUCGCGCUGGCUUGCUAUGCUUUGACGGCGAAAAGUGCUACUUCGGCACACAAGAGGAGAUCGGUGAUUCGACUGGAUGAGGAGGAAAAGGCGCAUGAAUUGGUGGAGAGACAACAGCAAUCGUUUGAUACCAAGAGUGAUAGUGCCCGCAGUACGCCAGAUCAGGUCAGAGUCGUGGCGGGGAAGAGGUAG